UCAGUGUGAGAAUGGAGACUGAGUUACUCAGCAGAAAGGACCUGGGUGGUUCUCUCCCAGUUGAGAAUGUUCAAGCUCUUGCUUCCAACAACUUGAAGGAAAUUCCGCCCCGAUACAUCCGGCCUGAAAUUGAACAUGAGGAAGUUUCCAUGGAGGACUCUCUUCAAAUUCCGGUAGUUGAUAUGAGCAAGCUAAUAGGGGAUCCAUUAGGCCAUGGUGAUGAAUUGGCAAAGCUUCACUUGGCUUGUAAGGACUGGGGUUUCUUUCAGUUGAUCAAUCAUGGGGUAUCAGAAGAAGUGAUUGAGAAAAUCAAGAGUGACACAAAGGAGUUCUUCCGGCUGCCAUUAGAAGAAAAGAAGGCUUAUGCUCAUCUGCCGAAUCAUAUUGAAGGCUAUGGCCAAGCCUUCGUUGUUUCUGAAGAGCAAAAACUUGACUGGGGGGACAUGCUCUUCCUUUUCUCUCAACCAGUCUCCCUAAGAAAUCUUACAUUCUGGCCUACCCCUCCCACUUCUUUCAGGGAGACCCUGGAUAAGUACUCAGUGGAACUACAAGGAGUGACAAAGUACCUAUGGAAGUUAAUAUGCGAGAACCUGGGGCUCAAUUCAGAGAAGCUAGCAAGCAUGUUUGAGGAUGGAACUCAAGGUCUAAGAAUGAAUUAUUAUCCACCUUGUCCGCAGGCUAGCAGGGUUAUGGGUCUCACUCCACACUCCGAUGCUGUGGGUUUGACUCUACUAAUUCAAGUUAAUGAUGUUCAAGGGUUACAAAUCAAGAACAAUGGCAAAUGGGUACCUAUAAAGCCAGUACCCGGUGCAUUAAUCGUCAACAUCGGCGACAUCAUUGAGAUAUUGAGUAAUGGAGAAUAUAAGAGCAUUGAGCACAGGGCUGUGGUGAACACGGAAAGGGAACGGCUUUCAAUUGCAGGAUUUCACAGCCCAAAUAUGAUGACCAUGAUUGGUCCUCUGCCAGAUCUUGUCAAGGAGAAGGCAGCAAACUACAAGGCUAUAAGCAAUGAGGAGUACAUUAGACUUGUUGUAACCAGCAAACUUGACGGCAAACACCUACUCGACCAUAUGAAAUUGAAGCAGUGAGAAACUCAAGGCAACAACAUUUACAAAAACAUUCAUCUGCUUAUUUGUUUGUCCGAAAUAUUGACUUUCAUGACUAUUGAGCUCAAAAUUUUAAACAAAGACAAGAACAAAUAAUUUGGAAAAAGGUGAUGAUACCAAAUUGGAUUUUGUACACCUUUCAUAUAAAAUUAGAGGAAUGCUAGCUACCUUCCCCUCUUAUCUUA